CCGUCAUCAUUACAUGAAUCACCUCCCUUUCUGCAUCAUUGUUUUCAUUUGGUAGUACAUCGAGGCCUCAACGAGGUGACGGACACCUUGACACAGCCCCUGCAGUGCCGGGGUACUACUACCACUACGCUUACCAUAUCGUCCACACUCUCUAUGCCCAACCUUUUUGCCAAGCCAGCUGCAUCGACAACACUUGCAGCAACCGCAGUCCUUUCAUUUUCCUUUGGUCUCACGCCUGUACAGCCGCUGUUCGCUGCACCUACUUCUGCCUCGACUAGGAUCUUUAUCAGUCCCUCGUUACUGCAACUUACUUUGGCUAUUUACCUCUUAGAAGGAGAGAAUAAAGGCUAUACAAGCUACGAUCGGCUCAUCUCCUCUACUCGAAAGAAUGUGGUCCUCCCAAAGCUAUAUGUCUCUUUUUGCCACUGCUGCCACGGAAAUACCACUAUCGCUACCCUCUCAACAAUAGUAAACGGUAUGGAAAUGGCUGGGACUCAGGCUCCGCCAGCAUGGGACACCCCUGAUGGACUGCAAGUAAUUUUCACUGUCCUUCCGCUCUACCACUCUCUCAGCCUUCAUACAACCAGUUUCUUCAGCUUCUUAAAUCCCUCCAUGAUUGUCAUGCCCCCGGUAUUGGACAUCGAUAUAUUCUUUGACAGCGUCCCGAAAUAUCACAUCACGACCUUCUUCCUUGUCCCCUCCCUUCUACACCAGCUCGUUCACCAUCUACGCUUCAAAAACUGCUAAGUCGGUUAAGGCAAUCGCAAGUGGCACCACAUACCUCCCACCCCAGCUCGCCGACCAGGUUUGCGCCCAUUUCCCAGACAUACC